GUUGGAAACUCACCCACCGGACACCCCCCCCUCGCGUUGGCACAUGGGGCAAAGCAAUGGCGUGUCGGCAUCGGCUGAGGUCGAAGAUCUUCCAGCUGGACAGGAAUUUGGAGGAUACAGGGAGCCCUACAGAGAGGCUUACCAGGCCAAAGCAGCUCCUCGCCUGGUCUCUGUGGAGGGCAUCAGUCCCAGCAGUGGCACCAGAGGAGCGAGAAACAAAGCCGAGGCGGCCGAGGAGAACGCACAAGGCGUGAAGUUGCUGAACAGCGCCCAAUACGAUGAGGCUGUCCGACGCUUCAAGAGGGCGCUGGCUUUCGAGCCUGGCAGCGUUCAGGUCCUGGACAACAUAGGCCUCGCCUAUGCGAAGCGGCAGGAUUACAACAGUGCCUAUGAGUGGUACGAAAGAGCCCAUACGGAAGAUCCUGAAGAUGUGGAGACCCUCUUUUCCCUGGCCUGGGUGGAGCGGAAGCGACAGAGAUACGCUCAUGCCCGGGAGCUCUUCACGAAAGUCCUGGAGAUUGCCCCAUCCCACAGCAAGGCGCUGUGGCUUCUGGGCGACAUCCUGAAGAAUUCCCAGGAGUUUGAAGGCGCCAUCCAGAAGUUUGAGACACUGGUCAGGAUGCAGCCCAGCAGCGUGGAUGGGCACAUUUCCCUGGCUCAGUGCUUUGAAGCGACCAAGUCGUACUCCAGGGCAGCCCAGAUGUACACCCACAUCCUGGAGAAUCUGAGUCCAGGCCGAGUGGACAUACAUUUCGCCCUGGGCAAGGCGUACUUUCAAGGGAAGCAGUACAGGCAGGCUUUGCUUCAGCUCGACCGCGUGCCGGACAGCGAUGCCCGCGGCUUCGAGGCUCGAUCUGUGGCAGCCAAAGCUUGCAGAGAGCUCGAGGACCACGAGCGCGCGGUCACUUUCGCGGAGGCCGCCGCUCAGAUCCGGCCGCAGGCUGAGGUGGCACACUUCCUGGGGGAGGAGUAUCUCCGCCUGGGCGACCAACAGCGGGCCUCCGUGUGGUUUGCCCGGAGCUUGGAGCUGGAGCCGAACCACCUACCCAGCCUGAUGGAGCUGGGCCAACGGGCGUUUCGGCAAUCCAAGUGGCACGACGCGGAGCAGCACUUCACCCGAGUCUGCGAGUUGGAUCGGACCGAAAUGGAAGCUGUCCGAUGGCUAGGGCUGGUCAAGUACAAACUGCGGAAAGACGACUCAUGCAGGCAGUGCUGUGAAGCCUUGCUGCGCUCGGAUCCUUUGCAUUCAGAUGCGCUUUACUUGCUGGCGGAGCUAAAUCUGCAAGCUGGCCCGGCGGAUCGCUGGCUGACAAGCCUUCGCUUGCCCCGAGAGGUGUCAACGGCAGAUGUGUGCCAAAGCAUUGCCAAAGGCUACUUGCUGCGGCAGCAGCUAUCCGAAGCCUCGAACUGGCUGAGCCAGGCACUGGCUUACCUUCCGAGCACGAAUCCGAGUAGCACGGCUCUAAGAGAGGCACAGCAGAUGCUGACGCGGGGCAGUUCUGUGAAUCCUCAGGACGUGAUCGAUAUUCUGGAUCGGAAGCCCGCGCCAGUCAAGGAGAGGUGGAGGACCAAUGACACUGCCACCAAUCCAGGAGAGGAGGACCUGGAGCGCCUGCUGCGUCGUGCCGAGCGUGCCGGCGCAGGCUUAGCUAGCGGCUCAGCAGAGCAGCAGUGGAGAGAGGUGUUGAGUAGUGCCAAAGCGACUCUUCGACGAAAGCCUGAAGAUGCUGUGGCACUGCGCUGCGCUGCGCGAGCUUUGCUGUCAACCGAUGGAGAAGCCGGCGAGAUCCGAGAGUACGCACGUCAAGCCAUGGAGUAUGGCAAUGAGGCAGCUGGCUUUACACUUGGCUACGAGCUACAUGCGUACCUCGGAAAGGUGGCGGAGGGUGAGCGGAACCUCUCGGCCGCGGAGAAGCACUACUCUGCGGCGCUCAGCUCCAAGGCCGGAGACGAGACAGCCAUGCUGGGCCUGGCAAGGGUCUUGCAGCGGAAGGAGGGCAAGGCGCAGGCAACCAAGAUCUACGAGCAGGUUGUGUCCAGCAAUCCGGGCAGUGCUGAGGGGCAUGUCCGGCUGGCCGAGCUUGCUUUGGAGGCAGAUGAUGCCCAGGAAGCCUACCGCCUAGCGGCGCAGGCAGUGAAGCUGUCGCCUGACGUGGCAGCGCAGCUUUGCCUGGGCCAUGCCAGCCUGAAGCUGGGAAGGGCUGAUGAGGCCUCUCGAGCUUUGGAACAGGCCGCAGCGAUGCAGCCGAAUGCCUUGGACGUGCCGUCCAUGAUCGCUUUGGCAUCUUUGUAUCGCAAGGCUGGCCGAGACCAGGAUGCCAUCUUGUACUACAAAAGAGUCCUUGAUGUUCGCCCUGGGGACUACGAGUGCACGCUAAGUUUGGCACAUCUGCAUGCAGACAGGGGUCCUGGUGGAGCCAGCCAGGCACUCCACUACUACCGCUCCGCUUUGCAGUGCAGACCAACCACUGUCGAUGCUCGUGGCAUCUACAUGCAGAUGGCGACAGUGCAGUGUUCCAUCAGCGCCUGGAAGGAUGCUCAACAGACCCUCGAGGGUGCCGUGCGUGAUUUGCCAGAAGAUGCUGAGAUGUGGAUGAAGCUUUUGGGAGUGUGCGAGCAGCUGAAAGACAACAAGGGGCAGCACCAGUGCUACCGACGUCUGGUGCAGCUAAAGGCUUCAACUCCUGCGAGCCAGACCAUGUAUGCAUCCUUGCUUCUGUCGGAAGACCGGCUACGAGAAGCUAAGGAGCAAUUGACUCAGGCUAUCAAGCAAGAGCCCACCAAUGCCACUGCGCUGCUGAAGUUGGCCCAGUGCUGCAGACAGGAGGGUUCGCGAGAAGGCAACCUGGAAGAAGCCCGUCGAUACUACGAGCAGGUGACACAGCUGAACCCAUCAAACCUGGAGGCUUUGGAAGGUGCCGCCUACUGCAACCGAAAGGCCAACAACCUGGAUCAGGCGAUACAGCUCUACCAGCAGUGCCUGAAGGUGAACGCUUCAGCAGAGGGCCCUUUGUACUACCUGGGUGAUAUCCUUUAUCGCCAGCAUAGGCAUGCAGAGUGCCAGUUCUACCUCUCCAGGCUGGUGGACACCAACUGCGCGGUGGAUUACAAGACCGGAGCUUUGUAUUUGCUGGCCAAGUCACACGUCUCCUUGGAUGAAUAUGAGGAGGCAGAAAAGCAAGCUCGAUGUGGACUUGCCUUGAAGCCGAAUCAUCCGCACUUUCUGUUCAUCCUCGCUUUGGUCAAGAAUCGGAUGGCGGACUACGACUCCUCCAUUGCCACCUUGAAGCGUGCGUUUCAGCACUUGGGUGCCGCAGACAGCGACAACCUCAAGGUGGAGAUUCAUGACUGGCUUGCCCAGGCUUAUGAGCGCAAGGGCGAGUACACCAACGCCUCUGCAGAGUUGGCCUUGGCGCUGAAGCAAGACCCUUUGCAUGUGUCUUCGCUUAUCACGCAGGGCCUGAUUCACAUGCAGCUGAGUCAGACGAAGGAGCCGAAGCCAAAGGAGCUGGAUCAGGCAGAAGCAUUCUUCAGACGAGCGCUUGCCAUUGAGAAGAAUCACGCUUUGGCGCUUCUGCGCCUCGGCUACUGCAAGUUGAUCUGCAAUGACCUGCAAGAGGCGAUCCUCCUCUUCCAGCGCGCGCUGCAACAGCGCUGCGGCACCGUGGCCCUUGCGCGUUCCGUCAAAGGAUCAGCUCGCAUUUACAUGGCCCUGGCCCUGAUGGGGAAGCAGGACAUGGAUGGCGCGCUCUAUCAACUGGCAGAAGCGCGCAAGAGCCACAGGAACUUCGAAAGCCUCUGCGCCUCCGCGAAAGACAGCAUCGUGAAGGGCGAGUGCGAAGGUUUGGUGGGCAAACUCCGGUCAGUACCCGACUUGGAUGUGACAGUGGCCCAGGCCUGGCAGCUGGUGGAGCUCAUGGCUAAGGAGCUGGAGAUGGGGCUUCGAGAUCCGGCUCAAGGAAAGCUGGGCGGCUAUGCAACAGGCUCUCCUGAGCGCAAGAAUGGUGAGCCCUCGGCUGCCGAUGGCCAGGCCGAGCGAAGAGCCUGGGUCGCAGCACCUCCAGCUCCAGAACGCCGGCAAUGGACAACGCCUGAAGUCAAGGCAGAGACGAAGGCGGCUGGCAAGCCCAAGGAAGAAGGCAAGCUCAUGCUGGACAAGCAUGAAAUCAUCGACUUUAACCAGCUCACGCAGAAGGAUUGCCUCGGCUCCGGCGGGUUCGGAGCCGUGUACCGGGGCUACCUGGGCGCUCGUGAGGUCGCGAUCAAAAAGCUCUUCUGCGAAGAUGGAGGCAACAUCUCGCCGCUGCAGCUCGAGGAGCUGGAGAAGGAGGUGGCUGCCCUGCGCAGCUUGAGCCACCCUCGCCUCGUGGCCUUCAUCGGAGCGUGCUUACAGCCUCCCAACCUUUGCAUCGUGACAGAGUUCAUGGCUGGCGGUUCUCUGCACCACUUGCUGCACAAGGCCAGGACGCCGCUUACACUGAGCACCCAGUCCAAGAUGGCACUGCAGGUGUGCGAGGGGGUGGAUUUUCUACAUGGUCAUCAGCCUCCCGUAGUUCACAGGGAUCUGAAGUCGCUCAACAUUGUCUUAGAUCGCAUCUACAACGCCAAGAUUUGUGACUUUGGUUUGACCCAGUCCAUGGAGAAGACGCACAUCACCCUGAAGGAGGGAGGCAACGGUGGCUCGCCCCGGUAUAUGGCGCCUGAGUGCUAUGACUGUAAGGGCAAGAUCACUGAGAAGGUCGAUACUUGGGCUCUUGGUUUUUUCUCGCACGAGAUGGCUGCAUUCUCGUGGAGUGCUUUGGCGGGCCUUUGCCUUAUGAUGACUGCCAGAACAUCCAGCAAAUCGUCGCCAAGGUGCUUAUUGACAAGCAGCUGCCCUACAUCCCCAAUCAUCUGCCUUCAGGCGUUCGUCCCAUCGUGGAAGAGUGCUUUCACUUUGACAGCAAGCAGAGGGCAGCAGCCCAGGAUGUUUACCUGCGGAUGCGGAGGCUUGGGCUGCCAUCAGGAUAGCGACCUGAGCCGAGAGAUGCCAACCUGCAGCUAGAAGCAUUUUCCAGUACGGGCUGUGCCGUGAUCCGGGCAGAUUGGCCUCCAUUGAUCUCCAUCUAUUCUUAUGAUCAGUGUUACUGGCAAAGUGUUGCAGCUUUGCAUGCGGAUCUCAACCCCCGAGCCUUUUAACGCGCGGAAAGGGCGAGCGAUGACGGGGUUGGUUGCUAACGAGCACCUAGUUGGCUGCCGCAUGUAGUCAACAUGUGCAGCAGAGUUAAUUCCUCAGUUGCAUCAGACCGAUGCAUCAAAGUCGCUAAAAGCGCUCUGGCCGUGGCAGGUCUUUCGAGAGGAGAAAUCGGCCGCACCAAAAGAAUUGAGACCGCGGAGUGGAU